AUGGCUAAUAAACAUUUUAAGGUUGGAUUGUAUAAUGCAGGUUCCCUGGGGACUAAUCACGAUAAUAUUGUUGCUGCUGUUAACCGGAAUACUAUCGAUGUUUUGGCGGUGAAUGAGACCUGGAUACAUGCAGGACAAGAGGGACGUGCGCCGACUAUUUUCGGGUACCGGUUCCAGCACACACCUCGGCCGCGGGAGCAUCGUUCCCGUGGUGGUGGCGUGGGCUUCUACAUUCGUCAAGGGAUUACAGUGCGUAGUUGGCGUCAUCCUGUUGAUCCGGCACAUGCUACUGUAGAGCAGAUGUGGCUGAUUGUGAAUGCUAAUGGCAGAAAGCUUAUAGUUGGUACAGCCUAUAGACCUGAGUGGGUUCCCAUGGAAUUAUUUUUUGAUGCCCUUACUGACACAGUAAGUUCCAUCCCUGAAUGUGAUAGCAUGAUUUUGACCGGGGAUUUUAACAUUAACUACACUGAUCAUCAAAAAUGUAAGCAGUUAAAGUCGUUUCUAUCUUGUUUCAAUUUGGAUCAAUUAGUAUCGGAGCCUACUCAUUUUACGAAUGGCAGUCAAACCAUGAUUGAUUUGGUGUGUUCUGACCUCACUGCGAAACAAGUAACUGUGGAUGCUGUGGGAACACUAUACGGUCAUCGAUUGGUGGUAUGUGAAUUUCAUAUUAAGAGAGCUAAGGUCAUACCACGCAUCACUUCUUACAGACCUAUAAAAAAUAUUUCUGUCGAUAACUUUAAUAAUGACUUGCAACAUAUACGGUGGGAUCUCAUUGCUCAGCACACAGAUGUGAAUGUAAUGUUAAGAGAUUUUAAUUACUGCAUGCUUUGGCUCUUUGAUACUUACGCACCCAUAAAGACGGUGGGUUCCUUACAAAGUAAUGAAACCCCUAAUCUUCAAGUCACCCCAGGCGCAAAAAGUGAAGGAAAAAAACAAUAUUAUCAAAGUUUAAAAAGCGCUGUCUCUAAGGCCUUAGUGCAAGAAAAAAAAGCUUAUUUUAAAUUUAAUAUUAAUAACAAAUUGCAUGACCCUAAAACUCUCUGGAAGAAUCUAAAAAGUAAUUUGCUGCCUAAAACCUUUGGAGAGUUGCUGUCUUUUUUUAAUGACCCCGACCUUAUAAAUAAUCACUUCAUUAAUGUUCCCGGUACUUCACAGAAUUCACACUCCUACAUAACAUAUUUUGAAACCCAUAAAUAUACCGACGCUGUGUUUAUUAUUAAUAAUAUUAACUUAGAGAAUUUAAUUACUAUAUUGAAACAGUUAAAAUCAAAUGCAGAAGGAUAUGAUUCAAUUACAUUAGAUAUGAUCUUUAUGACGCUACCAUAUACAUUAGAUACUAUACUUGCAAUUAUUAAUAGUUCUAUAGAAACUACGACCUUUCCAGAUGUAUGGAAACAUGCAAUAGUGCGUCCAAUACCAAAAAUUAAUAACCCUAGGGAACUUAAAGAUUUCAGACCCACGGAUGUUGAGCUCAUGGGAGUGCCAAUUGAAAGAGUGUACGAGGCCAAAAAUCUCGGUCUUCACAUGGACAGUCCAUGA